GAUUAAGGAUAAGGAAGUUCUGUAUUGGAGAAUGGAAAGGUGGUUCCUUUCACUCAUAGUGUUAUCCAUCUUUUUCCUUGGUGGUGUAGCGAGUAUCAAGUGUUACAGCUGUAACUACCCGGACACGAAAUGUGGAGACCGUUUUGCAUACACCAACCCUGAUGCCAAUGAGUGUUCAGGUAGCUGUGUGAAGCGGAGAGGUAUUCGUCCCCAAGGAGGCGUUGAAGUCUACAGAGGAUGCCAAUCACAGACCACCACAUACUGUCACGAGACAACAUACGUUGAAAUGUCAGUUGUAGAAUGUUUUUGCAAUGAAGAAUACUGUAAUAAUAGUAACAGUGUGAGAAUGUCUGCUCUAAGUUUAAUCCUAGCUAUAAUCUCCAUUCUCUACAACACUUUAUAAUGUGACAUCGCUAAUUCAUCAUUGUUAACUGGAAACAUCAAAUUUGAAGCAAAUUAAUUUUGGUAUAAUUGAUUUUUUGAGUUUUGCAAAUCACAUUAGUUUUACAUACGCGAUUUAAUAUUUUUUGUAUGAAAUAUGCUACAGAUAUUUGACUGAUAGUAAUUUACCCAUCAGAUAGUUUGUGAUUAUAGCAACAACUUUUUGUUGACGAUUCCUUCAUCAGCUGAUAUACAGUAAAUGGUUGUUAUAUUGAGACACAAACAUGUCAUGGUCCUGUAGCCAGGCCCUAAAAUUAAAAUCAAUCUGGCCUUAAUUAUUUUGUUCACUUAGUGUAUAUAUAGUUUAGUCAACUCUAUGAAACACAAAAAGAAAGUGACGGAAAAAGAUUUUAUUUCUGGAGUUGUAUCAGAUACAAUAUUGUACCUACGGACACUGAUAUCUAAAUAUGUGAACUUAAGUCUUUGUGCCAUUUAAUACAUGUAAAACCAAUGAUAUACUGAUUAACUAUGAAAUUGAUGUUGUUGUAAGUUUUCACCUUUUUUAAAUAAGUGUCACUUCAUUUUCAUUAUAUUAUCUCUCA